AUCACAUUUUUAACACCAUUGCGCAUAUUUGUAUUCUGCAGACGAACCUUGAGCUUUUUGGGGUUCCUCGGGUGUCUUAUAAGUUCUUUAAUAAUUAAUGAUUCUAAAAACCACGUCUGUCGACCUUCAAAUCGUAAUAAUGGCGGGAUUUUAUGACGAGAAAGUCACCAUUCAAACCACUGUCAUCACGCGUUUCAACAAUGCAUUCUUUUGCAUAUGUUCGUCGUGGCCAGAACUACCAAUACCUAUUGGCAGUUUUAAGCAUCAUGAACAGUUCUGGUAUACACAGCUCCACAGCCAACUCCAUCACAAUCAACAGCUCUCACUUGAACAACGAGAUGAUGACAGACGACAGUGAACCCAGCUCCCCUGACAGCUCUUUUGAUGCAUCUGAUCUGAUGGGCGGUCACGGUAUAUCUGCAGAUGAUAUUACUUCCCAGCUUGCUGCAUCAGGUCCAAUUGGUAUGGCAGCUGCAGCAGCAAUUAACUCUGGCAAAAGACGUCGUCCACAUCUGUUUGAAACAAAUCCAGCGAUAAGAAAACGUCAACAGACAAGAUUGCUAAGGAAACUGAAGUCGUGCAUUGAGGAGUACACUACUCGGGUAGGACAGCAGGCAGUGGUGUUGUGCUGCACUCCCAGCAAGAAUCUCAACCAUCAAAACACAUACAAGGUGUUUGGUUCUCAGCCUCUGGAACAAGUGAUUAAAAAUGCCAAGAGUACAAUAAUGCAGGAGCUGGAUGCAGCAUUGGCAGAACAGGCUCCGGAUAAUAACACAGAUGCAGGAGUGUACGAACUUCCCCCUCUCACACUCGAUGGCAUUCCAACUCCACUGGACAAGAUGACACAGGCCCAGCUACGAAAUUUUAUCCCGGAAAUGUUGAAAUAUUCCACCUGUAGAAGCAAGCCUGGGUGGGGUAAGAUGGAGUGCAGACCUGCCUGGUGGCCCAGUGAUGUCCCUUGGGCAAAUGUACGCAGUGAUGUCCGCACAGAGGAGCAGAAGAAACGAGUUUCCUGGACAGAUGCACUGAGAACAAUUGUAAAGAACUGCUACAAACAUCAUGGUAGAGAGGAUUUGUUGAACAUCUUUGGAGAAAUAUCCAGCAUGUCUCCAUCAAGCUACAUCGGCACUAUGAUUCAAACAAUAAACAACCCAGAUGGCACAGUUUCUAUCAUCCAGAUUGACACUGGCCCCAACAGCGUUGUUACACUUCCAGAUGGGUCUCAAGCAACCGUUGUGCAUUCCAUGACUGCGAUGCCUCAGGAGAAUAUCAAUCAGUUGACCUCUGACAUGUCGUCUCAGAACACAGUUGUCGUAGAAACCUCACACGGUGAUCAGAAUGUGGGGUUGCAAGGGGGAGUGGAAGUCACUGGAACUAUAGGGUCCGGCAGAUUUGUUCUGCCCUCAGGAGAAACUGUGCAGAUUAAUACAGAUCCAAACACCGGUAUCAUGACUAUACCAGCCUCCAUCUACCAAUCACUUGUAAACAGUUCUCAGGCCAACUCAAUUGAUCUAGGAAAUACACAAGUGAUUCUUGCCAGUUCCCAAGGACUGUCCCAUACCUCAGUAGAGCAGCUGCAGCAUCAGUAUCAACAUCAACAUAUGCAGCAACAGUCUUACCAGCUGCAGCAACAGCAGCAACAGAUGAUGGAAGUAGCUCACCAAGACAGUCACAAUGAUUUGCCAGUUAUAUGUGUAAACAAUGUUAAAUUUGAAAAUGAUGCCUCUUAGUUGAGGUAGGACUCUCUUGGGCAGCAGUUUAAAAAAAAAGUUGAACAAAGUUCAGGGAUCUGGUAGUGUACUUCAAAAAUUAGUUUAUAAAGAAACGUUUACAAAGCUGUUUUCUCAAUUUUAUUCAGCUGGGAUAAAAUUUAAAUGUUUUAUUAAAUGUCAAACAUUUCUCAAUUUGUUUGAUAUUUCUCAACUUUCAUCUGUUGACGUUUUGCUUCAUUUACCGGUAGUUGAACGAAUAGUACUGAUGCAGGUACUAUUCUUGUUUGCCUGCUCUUUUAUUUGAUAGUAUUCAGAAGUUAUCAGAUAAAAGUGUGGCAUCAAUAUGUUUAUCUCUUUUCAUGCUCCCCCAAAAUUUAUUUUUGGGGGAGCAUAUAGUCGGCGCUUCGUCUGUCCGUGCGUCUGUCUGUCCGUCUGUCCAUCCGUGCACAAUUUUUGCCCGGGCUAUUUCUUUUUUAUUUAAUGACCGGAAUUCAAUGACACUUUAUGGGAAGCUUCACUACCAAGAGGAGAUGUGCAUACUAUCAGCCGGUUCUCGUCAGAUGAUUUUUCACAGAGUUAUGGCCCUUUAAAAUUUUCCAUUGUACGUAUAGUGCAAUUCUUGUCCGAGCUAUUUCUCAGCAACUUGUUACGGGAAUUAAAUGAAACUUUAUGGGAAGCUUCACUACCAACAGGAGUUGUGCAGAUUAUCAGUCGGUUAUGGUGGGAUGAUUUUUCACAGAGUUAUGGCCCUUUGAAAUUUCCUAUAAACUGUACAUAUAGUGCAAUUCUUGUCCGGGCUAUUUCUCCCUAACUACUGACUGGAAUUCAAUGAAGCUUUAUGGGAAGCUUAACUACCUUGAAGAGAUGCACACGUUAUUUGUGGGUUCUGGUUAGAUGAUUUAUUUAGAGAGUUAUGGCCCUUUGAAAUUUUUAAGUUGCUAAACCAUCCAUCGUAUUAUUUUGUCCAAAGUUAUGCCCCUCAAGACGUUUUCUUUUAUGUGAAUAUAUAGUGCAAUAUUGUGACCAAAAAAACCUUUGGGGAGCAUCACCCGUCUCCGACGGUUUCUUGUACUUAUAUCUGCGAUCCAAUUAUGCAGGCUCUACAUGUGAUGGUAAACUUAGGUCCUUGUCUGGGUACUGGUAUAUUGCCAAGCAUUUAUGUAAAUAUGAUUCAUUCUGUAUUUUAUAGUGUGUUUAUCGUGAUUUAUAAAACCAUAUAUGACAUUCAGCACAUGGCUCAGCCUAUGUUCAAAUUAUAGGGAGAAGUGACUUCUCCCUCAUUUGAAAUUAUAGAAGUGAGGUAACUCAAAGAGAAGUGGUUUCUGUUCAGUGUUUAAUAAACUGUUAACUUAUUUUAUUCCCCUCAUCACACCUUGUCCAUCAUCAGUAUGAUCAAUCAGAAACAACUCACAUUUGGCAGAUUGGUGGAAAACAUUAAUAAAUAUGAACAAACACACUUUAUGGUGUGUUAUUGCAUUUAACUGAACUUAAUUUAUAUAUUAUCAGUCAUUACUGGCUCAAAUUAAAUCUCAAAAGGAGAAGUCACUUCUCCCUCAUGUAAUUAGAAGUCACGUCUCCCUCAUGGCUGAGCCUUAAAGCACAAAAAAGUGGUAAAAAAUGUUAUGGGCGCAGAAGAGCUUUGGGUUAAUUUGGGGAAAAAUGUUUUGAAAAUAAGUUUUAUUAGUUUCAUACUAUUUUUACACUUGUUUUUUUUAUAAAAAAAUGCAUUCAUUUUUGCAUGAUAGUAUAAAAUAUAUAUAUAUGUAAAAUGAAAUAUUUAGAUUUUAUGUAGCAAGUAAUUUUGAUUAGUGGUAGUUUGAAUUAAAUUGACAAUGUUGCUCAAUAUUAUUUUCGCAGGAAUGAUUUUACAGAUAUUAAUAUGAUAUAAGUUAAGUCUUUUUGUUAUUCCACGAUUAGCAAAAUGAAAUAGUCUAAUGACAGAAUAAAUUUUUAAGUAAGCAUAUGAAAAAGUAAUAUCAAUGGGUUUGUAUUUUUUUGCUGUGUUGAGUGUUAACUGUUAUGUUAAAUGACAUUGUAAAUAUAUAUACAUCCUUAUUUGGGUUAUUAAAAUGUUAUAAUGUA